UCCUUUAAAGUCAAAGAGGGAUGUCUUUGUGCCACAAAUAUUGCAGAGACUGGGGAACUAUUGGAUGAAUCUUGUGGAUCAACGUCCAGAGAGAAGCCCAGAAAGCUGUAAGCGUUUUCCAUUGUCUGCUCGUUUUCUCAACUGGGUAUGUCUUUCCCAACAAGUUUCGGCUUCAUCUCAGGUUGAGCAUAUGAGUGGAACAAGUUGAAGUUCCAGAGCUUGGGAAAACACAAGCACCACUGUGGGCAAACAUGAAGAGCUGCUGUUGUUUUCCUAAAUGUGGAUUCAAGAGGGUAAUGGCUUGCUUUCAGAUCUCGUUAGGUGGGCUCGUCAUCUUCGCGAGCUUGCUGAGCCUCUUUAGCUUCUACAAGGCCGGAUUUUUCCUGCGCAACGAGGACAUAUGCCACCAUUUCUACGGAAUGAAGGAUUUCCACAGCGGUUUCGACCUGAAAGCUCUCUCGGAUAGAGUCGACGAAGUGCUAAACAAGUUGGACACCUUGCAAGAGAAGCUCGAAUCCAAGGUGCAACAGAUGGAGAAGAAUAAAGAUGCUUUGGCUAAUUCUAACAUUACAAAGCUGGAGUACAAGAAGUACUUGGAAGAUGAGGUGAUUAGGCCUCUUUACAGUGCUCAUAUCGCCCUGAGACAGAUCCGGCUACCGAAGGGCGAAGGGAUAAGGAACAUUACUUUUAAGGAGGAGCCAUUGAUCAACACGUUCAUAAUCGAGGAGAUCCGGAAGUACAUAACCCCGAAGGAGAACAGAGUAGGGAAGGUCAACAUAUACGGAAGCGAGAGAGUACACAACACGAUCGGUCAUGCUUGUGUGCUGUACAAGAAGGAAUUGGAGGAAUAUAUGGACUACGACAUCGGUUCCUACUGCAAGGAUGACUGGAACAUGGCGCAGAAGCUCAUGAUCAAUGGCUGCGAUCCUCUCCCGCGUAGACGGUGCUUGACCCGGGCCUCGAAGGUCUACCAAAAGCCGUACGCCAUUAAUGAGUCCCUGUGGAGAUUGCCUGACCAUAGGAACGUGAGGUGGAGCAAUUACCGGUGCAGGAACUUUGAAUGCCUAGCUAGCAACAACCCGCAGCGCGGUUAUUCUAAGUGCUCCGGCUGUUUUGAAAUGGAGAAAGAGAAGCUGAAAUGGGUCACUAACACAUCUCUUAUAACGGAUUUUCUUAUUAGUGACAUCCUAGAGAUUAAGCCUGGAGAAGUACGGAUUGGAUUGGACUUUGGUGUUGGCACGGGAACUUUCGCUGCGAGAAUGAGAGAAAAUAAUGUGACAAUCAUCACGACUGCGCUGAAUCUCGGGGCUCCGUUCAAUGAAAUGAUUGCCUUGAGAGGCCUGGUUCCUCUCUAUGUGACGCUGAACCAGAGGCUACCCUUUUUCGACAACACAAUGGACUUGAUUCACACGACAGGAUUCUUGGACGGGUGGAUCGAUCUAGUGCUGAUGGACUUCAUAAUGUUCGACUGGGAUCGGGUGUUGAGGCCAGGAGGAUUGCUGUGGAUUGAUCGGUUCUUCUGUAAGAGAAAAGAUCUGGAUGACUACAUGUACAUGUUUCUGCAGUUCAGAUACAAGAAACACAAAUGGGCAAUCGCUCCUAAGUCGGACAAUGAGGUGUAUCUCUCUGCAGUACUGGAGAAACCUCCAAGAGCUAUAUAAAUUACAUCUGUUGAUUAAUUUUCUCUUCGAUGGUACGUAAAUUUGAUUCGCAAAUCAAGACGUGCGUGCCCUCUUGUAUUACCUUUUUAAAUUUGUGAAGUCAGUACUGAAUGUAGCAGGUGAUACUUUGAAGGGAGAAAUCAAUAUAGCUGAGUUCUAACUUUCAAGAAUGUAGCAUGA